AUGGAGAGUGUGACUACGUCGGCACGUAUGCUCAACACGACUGGGCCUGAGAAUGAUGCAGAUGAAGUGUGGGCGGAGGAGGACGACAACUUUGAUGGGUGGGAGGAAGCGCAGGUGCCUUCACGAGCGCUGUUCCCUGACGACUCGACGUCGUUUGAGAGUGCCGAGCAGGCGUUGGAGCAUGCAAAGGCCCAGGGAUGCGAUCUUCGUGCCUUGGUGACUCGUUUGCAGCUGGAUUCGUUCCAGGUGCUUCGCUUGAUCAACUACAUUCGUCGCCCAUCGACGUCGCCACGCCCCACGCCUGCUUCUGUGAUGGCGCUGACGGGGCAUGAGGCAUUCCUGCAAGAUGACAAAGAGCUUCAGCCUGUGUCUGGCUACGAAGAAGAUGGUCUACUGCAAUUGGAUUUGGCUGACGAGUCGACGAACGAUGAUCCUGCCGCCGAGCUUCAGAUGCUGCGCCAGGCGUACAACGAGCUGCGUCGUCAGUACGCGGAACGGAUCGGUAUCACGUCCGAUGUCGCGCAGCAGGACACGUCCGCUACGGCGGCGCCCUCUUCGGCAUCUCGCAAUGUCGAUGCGCAGUACUUUGAGAGCUAUGCCGGCCAUGACAUUCAUCAGACGAUGAUUGCCGAUUCCGUGCGUACGCUGUCGUAUGCCAAGUUUUUGCUCUCGCCCGAGAAUGCGCACCUUUUGCGAGGCAAGACUGUGAUGGAUGUCGGCUGUGGUUCGGGUAUUUUGAGUCUGUUUUGUGCGCGUGCAGGUGCGAAGCAAGUGCUGGCCAUUGAUGCAAGUCCCGUCGCGGCGCGUGCCGAGGCCAAUGUGCGCGAGAAUGGAUUCAGUCACGUUGUGCGUGUGUACCGCGGGAAGAUGGAGGAGCUGGAUACGCAGCUGGCCUCGUACGUGGGUCAAGUGGACGUGCUGGUGAGCGAGUGGAUGGGCUACUUCUUGCUCUAUGAAAGCAUGCUUCCUUCGGUCCUCUAUGCGCGUGACCGAUACUUGCGUCCGGAGGGCAUUCUUGCGCCGUCACACAGCCGGAUGCUGCUGGCAGCUGCGACGGACUGUGGCGUGCUUUGCGAGCGUCAGCGGUUCUGGCAGGACGUGUACGGUUUCCGCAUGCCGAGCAUGACAGAAGGGCUUAUGGACGAAGCUGCGACAGAGGAAGUGGAAGCGGAGGCGAUUGUCAGCGAUGCCGCGACGAUUUGCGAUCUGCCGCUGGAGACGCUACCGGUCAAGCAGCCUGAGUUCGUGUCGCCAUUCCGUGUGACGGUGCAGCGUGACUGCACUGUGCAUGGGUUUGUGUCGUGGUUCGAUACUUGGUUUGCGCCUUCGCCACGCUUGCCAUUUGAUGCACUGCCGCCCGUCACGGUCUCGCCUGUCCAGCCGAGCGACGUACAUGGCCUGACUUUGCACGGCUCGCAGGUGGUAGCGCCACCGAAUAGUGCGUCGCAGGGCGAAGUCGUCUCGUUCACGACGUCGCCGUUCGGCAAGCAGACGCACUGGAAGCAAACCAUCUUCUUGCUCAAGACCCCGAUCGACGCGAAGCAGGGGACGACCAUCCAGGGCGAGAUUCGUGUCGUUGCGGCCCAAUCCAACGAGCGUGAACUCGAUGUCGAAUUGCACUAUGGUGUCGACGAAGACAAGCGCCCGGCCGGUGAGAAGCGCGUAGCGACGCGCAUGAUCCAAGUAUACUCGGUGCGUUGA